AUGAAGCCCUCACAACUUUUGCUCGGUAUUGCUGCCGCUGGUGUUCAGCUCGCAACCGCUGCUACACCAGCAGGCUCCGAACCUCAGGUCCCUAACACCCUGGGGCUUGCCUUUGGCAAGAAUGUCGUGCAACCCGGCGAAAUGAUCGAUCAAGCUGGUAAGUCUCUCUUGCACCUUCUAAUUCUCAUAUCAAAAGCCACUAACACCACACCAAAACANGUCGCCGAUGCAGGCCAACCCGCUCUCUACGCCCCUCACCCCAAAAUCAACAACCGCAACGUAAAGAAACACCCAGGAAACCCCCAAGACAAGACCUACAUCUUCACAAUGGUAGACCUAAACCUACCCUUCUUCGCUUUGCCUGCCACCACAGACUUUGCUUCUCUUGUUCCCGGCAUCGGUCCCAACCGCACCACCCGCCUCCACUGGUUCGAAUACAAUGUUCACGCUGUUGCNCCCCGCCAACAACUCCAAAACUUUUCGGUCCCAGUGGCCGAAUACGAAGGUCCUCAGCCGCCCCAAGGAGAUGAACCGCAUAACUAUGUGGUGUAUCUGUUUGAGCAACCCGAGGGUUGGAAACCUGAUGCUGCUGCGAUGGAGAGCUAUAAAGACGAGACUUCGUUUGCGAGAAUGAAUUUCUCGGUCAAGGCACUGGAGGCACAGGUUGGUAAGCCCAUUGCCGCAAACUACUUUGUCGUCGAGAAUGAGAAUAAUACAAAGAGUACCUAG